CUUUUGCUGUCGAAUUUGUUCCUAAACCAGACGAAGGCGAAUGUUAUAAUCCUACUCCAGAUGUUUUUGAUCAAGUAAUUAAUGCGCUUGUUUCUACACUGAUAAUUAUUCUUUUUGGAGACUAA